GCCAUCAAGCCAAAGCUUUGCCAUUUAAUAUCCUAGAACUAGACGCGUUCAAGAAUGUGAAGUCUGAGGGAGGUGCGUGCGCGCCAUGCUCUAUAAAUAGCACACACGAACUUCAGGUGCAAAACCAAAGAUUUCACAGCUCUUGUGUAUUGUUAUACCAAAAGAGUUCAUUUAUUUUCAACAAAACCAUUUGUGACUUCAAAUGUCCCGUCAAGUUGUUCCUGCAGUUGUUUGAAAAUAAUUCCGACAAGGACAUGAAACGCGUGACAGACAUUGCUCUCGUUCUGAUCUUCGCCUGUAUCGUGCAGCAGUUCGUACAGGUCAACAGCCUGAGAGACAGAGGGAAGGGGAAAAGAAGAGGUCAACGGAAUGAAAGUGGUCUGAAAGGGAGAUUCUCACUGAAAGACGGAGCGCGGUGCUCGUGGCGCGCAGCGCGCGGAGGUGAUGCGUUUGUAUUGGGAGUCACGUGCAAAAACGGGGCAAAUACUUUCAGCUGCGAAUAUGUAGCGAAGCCCACAGUAUGUGAACAGUACGCAUCUAAUACCAAAGCCUACUGGAAACAGAUGUCCCGUUCGCUAAAAAAGCAGAAGAGACUGUGUCGGGACUCCACAGCGAUGGUGAAAGCCGGUAUGUGCAGGAGCGCGCCCGCGGACGCGCACUUCAGACUGAAGGACACGCGCCCCUCCUCCAGAGUCCCGUUACCGCCAACCGCAGGGAAUAAUCACUGUCCUGACCGGAUCGAGAGGCUGAGAGUGGCCGAAGAACACUGCAGCAGAGCCUGGUCUUCAUUGUGUGCAUUCCUCUUCUUGAUGCUUGAAAAUGAUGAAUGCUCAUGACUGACUUUGGAAAAACUUUUAAGGCAAA